CAUUUCUUACACACACCAACAGCCAACCCACAUCUCACCCCUUUCCCUUCUUCUCUCCCUUCCUCCUCCUCCGCCUCCUCCUCCUCUUUAUAAAUCUCUCCCUCUCCGUCAUGUGCCUUCUCUCUUCAUCCUCCCUCUCCUCCUCCUCCCUUUCCCUUUUGGAUAGCCAGAAAGAUUUAUAUAUAGGAGGGAUUGGAUUGGAUUGGAUGUGAACAGUUCGACCUCCACCACCCUCUCUUCUGCUUCCCUCUUCCAUCUAGAGCUGGAUGAGUUGGGCGGAAACGGUGGAGGAAAAAGCAAGCAUUAAAGUCGACGAUUCCAUCUUUUAUUUUCUUUAUUUGUUUAUUAUUGGUGGUGGUGUCGUCGUCGUCGAUCGGUUGAUCCAAUAAGGAGAGCAGAGCAGAGCGGAGGAGGAGGAGGAGGAGGAGGAGGAGGAGAUUGGUGAUCGCGAUCUUCUUAUUUGUGGAAUCCUACUAUGCCGCCUCGCAGAUCUUAGACGCGCCUCUACGAUCUCUUCUCACCUUCGCAUCUGACGCGCCAGCUUCAGAUCGAAAAGAGAAUGCAGACGGAUCUUGGGAAGCUGUUCAUUGGCGGGAUUUCCUGGGACACCAAUGAGGACCGUCUCCGGGAGUACUUCAGAAGCUACGGCGAGGUUGUGGAGGCUGUGAUCAUGAAGGACCGGAACACUGGCCGUGCUCGUGGUUUUGGGUUCGUUGUCUUCUCCGACCCAGCCGUGGCUGAGCGAGUCGUCAUGGAAAAACACAUGAUUGAUGGCAGGAUGGUUGAGGCUAAGAAGGCUGUUCCAAGGGAUGACCAACAGAUCCUUAACAGAAAUGCUAGCAGUGUCCAUGGCUCUCCAGGUCCUGGUCGUACCAAGAAAAUAUUUGUGGGUGGCUUGCCAUCUACUAUAACAGAGAGUGAAUUCAAGAAGUACUUCGAUCAGUUUGGAACAAUCACUGAUGUUGUAGUGAUGUAUGAUCACAACACCCAGAGGCCUAGAGGAUUUGGUUUCAUCACAUAUGACUCAGAGGAUGCAGUGGAUAAGGUGCUUUAUAAAAGUUUUCAUGAGUUGAAUGGUAAGACUGUUGAGGUCAAGAGAGCUGUGCCUAAGGAACUCUCCCCAAGCCCCAAUAUGCGCUCUCCUAUUGGUUCAUAUAACUAUGGACUUAAUAGGACAAACAACUUUCUCAAUGGCUAUACUCAGGGAUAUAAUCCAAGCUCAUUUGGUGGAUAUGGAAUGAGGAUGGAUAGUAGAUUAGGUCUUCCUAGUAGUGCAAGAAACAGCUUCCCUUCAUACAAUCCUAGUUUUGGUAUGGGAAUGAAUUUUGAACCGAGUUUGAUCCCAAGCAUUGGUGGGAAUUCCAAUUUUGGCAACAACAUUGGGUAUGGGCGUGGUUUGAACCCUUAUUACAGUGGAAACUCCACUAGGUUCAACAAUCUGAUUGGUUAUAGUGGUGGUAGUUCAAACACUAAUUCAUUUUUCAGCUCAAUGCCUCGUAAUGCAUGGGGUAGUGGUGGCCUUAAUUAUACUACGAAUUCUGCAAGUUCCAAUGCCUACAUGUCCCAUGACAAUGGGAAUCUUGGUGGAUUUGGAAGUAAUGCUUUAAACUGGGGUAGUACUACUCCUAUCCCAUCUCAAGUUGAAGGGAACACUUCAAGUUACACUAGUGGGAAUCUUAGUUAUGGAGGUGCUGACAAUAAUUUUGACCUAGUCAAUGGAGGUUUCAGAAGGAACAAUGGCCCUAGUGCUUUGAAAGCUUCCCGUGCUGGAUCAAAUGGUGGAUUCGAAGAAUCCUAUCCAGAACUCUAUGGUCACAGUUCAGUUUAUGGAGAUCCAACUUGGCUGUCUCCAUCUUCUGAAUUUGGAGGUACUAGUUCAUUUGACUAUGCACUAGAUAAUGUGCCUUCAGAUAUUAUAGGCAAGGGCUCUGCAGGUUUCCUGGGUGAUUAUAACAUUACCAAUAGACAACCAGAUAGAGGAAUUGCUACAUAAAGCCAUAUUUUCCCAGGAUCUAAGAACAUCAAUAGAUGAACAAUCAUGAAGUCAAAUUCAUGGCUUUGAAUUUUACAUAUCUCAUAAAUUGUGUCGGUUAAUUUAAUAGUGCUAAUCAGGGCAGUGGUCAAAAAAAAAAAAAAAUAGAUUCAGAAGAUUCAAAAUAAAGAUUAUUGUGUUGAGGUUUGCACUUCAAGUUUCCUUCCAUUUGUUAAGUAGGUUUUGUUUCAGCAUUUGAUUGAGAUGUAAUCUUACUGCGGGAUGCAUUCAGAAUCUUUCGGAUUUAUGCAACUGAUGUUGCAAGUAAACCAAGUAAUCCUUCUGAAAAAAUGGAAAACAGCAAACUAUUGUAACACCUGGCAAAAAUGUUGCUUCAUGAAUUGCCAGGCUUCAAUUUUCUUUUCUUUUCUUUUUCAAAUUGUUUGUCGUUUGAGAUGUACCAAGGAUUUGUUUGAUUUUGUUAGCUUGGAAUUUACAGGGAUACUUUGUGUUCCCAAAAUAACUGUUACAUAUUGUGAUUCAUUCUAAAAUAUAGAGGUUCGUUGGUCA